AUGGAUCAAACUCAACAAGAAAUCGGCAUCAAAGUCUACAAUGCAACUCCACCACCACAAGAUGGAAUGCAAAACCUCUCGAACAACAACCCCCCUUCUCCACCAUUGGGGAAGCGUCGUGCCAUGAUGGCAAAGGGCGUCCAAAAAACCCUCUCAAAGACUUCAAUGCUUGGUAACUUCCUUCCAACAGGCACACUCCUCACAUUUGAAAUGGUCCUUCCUGCAAUCUACCAAAACGGUCAGUGCACUCACGUUCAAACCAUCAUGAUCCACUUCCUAUUAUUCCUAUGUGCACUUUCGUGCUUCUUCUUUCACUUCACCGAUAGUUUUCAUGGCUCUGAUGGAAAUGUUUACUACGGCUUUGUGACAACAAAAGGGUUGUCGAUUUUCAAAUCGGGACUUCAUGUGGCAGUUCCAAAGGACGAGAAAUUUAAGGUUGGGUUAACGGACUUUGUGCAUGCCAUUAUGUCGGUUAUGGUGUUUGUGGCUAUUGCUGUGUCGGAUCACAGGGUUACGAGUUGUUUGUUCCCUGGGCAUGAGAAGGACAUGGAACAAGUGAGAGAGAGUUUCCCUUUGAUGGUGGGUAUUGUUUGUAGCGGUUUGUUUCUCAUCUUUCCCACUUCUAGGCGUGGGAUUGGUUGCAUGUCUGCCUAG